UGGCGAUGUGGGAAAAUUAGCGCUGUGAGGGAUGUCUCCUGGCGGCAGGGCCCGUCCUCCUUGGUUUUCGGUAAGGGGGCGGACCUUGUAGUCAGUGCACCCAAUGGAGAUCAACGCUGUGGUGAUUGGCGGCUACGGGACCCAAUGGGCGCUGGUCCGUGGAAAGCAGGUGCCGGGCGGGGCGGAAGAGGCGGCUGGACUGCUGGUGAUGGGGCUGCUGACUAUUCUGAAGAAGAUGCGACAGAAGGAGCGGGAGCUGCGGCUCCUCAUGCUUGGCCUAGACAAUGCUGGCAAAACCACCAUCCUGAAGAAGUUCAACGGGGAGGAUAUUGACACCAUCUCACCCACACUGGGCUUCAACAUCAAAACUCUGGAGCACCGGGGGUUCAAGCUGAACAUCUGGGAUGUGGGCGGACAGACAUCCCUGCGCUCCUACUGGCGCAACUACUUUGAGAGCACAGAUGGUCUCAUCUGGGUGGUGGAUAGCGCUGACCAGCAGCGCCUGCAGGUCUGCAAGCAGGAGUUGCAGAGCCUCCUGGUGGAAGAGCGCCUGGCCGGAGCCACCCUGCUCAUCUUCGCCAACAAACAGGACCUGCCGGGAGCACUGUCCUCCAAUGCCAUCCGGGAGGCCUUGGAACUAGACAGCAUCAAAAGCCACCAUUGGUGCAUCCAGGCCUGCAGUGCCUUCACUGGGGAGAACCUGCUGACGGGGAUCGACUGGCUCCUGGAUGAUAUUUCCAGCCGGAUCUUCACCACGGACUGACCAUGCCCCAGACUUGGCCCCCUCCUUUGUGUGGGGGCUGCAAGAAUGGGGGUGGGGCUGCAUCCAAGCUUUGAACAGAGUUCCCAGGACCAUAUGGCUGUUGUUUCCAUGGACCCUCUCAUCAUGCUUUCCUCCAACAGUCAGUCACUGGGACAGCAACUCCCCUUGGAUUCGGCCUAGAUCCCAGCUGCCCCCAGGAUUGACGCAUGGCUUAGUGCCCCUGGCCUGGGUCUCGUGCAUGCGUUUCAGGGUUUGAGCCUUUAAUGCUGGCAAUCAGUUCGACCCAAAUGAUGGGGGAAGCUGGGGAAGCAGAGGGACCAGGCCAUUUAUAGUUGUGGGGGCUGAGGCCCCAUCACUGGAGCACAAGGCCUGUUGAACUGUGUGUGUGAGUGGGACUGGUAGAGAGGCACCCCCCCCCCCAAAAAAAAACCAACAAAAACCCAAACCACCUCUGUAUCAAACAUUCACUCACAUUUUUUCAUCUCCUGCGCUAAUAAAAUCAGUGGCCUAUGUCCUGGCUAUGCCUGGAUUCCUUGACCCUGCAUGGGUUGCCUUGUGGUUUUGGCUUAUUGUGCCAGCUUCCCCUGAGAGAUGGACUUCCCCUAGGGGUGGCUCUAGAUGCCCAGCUACAGCAUCUGUUUCUCACAUGGGCUUAGUGAUGCCCGUAUAUUAUUUUUUUCCUGCCUCAGCUGAGUUGCAGUUGGGGGCAGGGGCACUCAAGACGCUGAGGGUGAGGGGGGGAGUUCUGCAAGGAUCUCCCUCACCCUCCCACUCUAUCCUGAACCUGCUGUGGUUUUAAGCAGAGAGAUUCACUUCCUGUUCUUAACUGUUACUAUGAGCUAUUAAACAGCUCCCUCUGUCCCAGUCA